AUGUUAUUAUUAAUUUCUAUAUUCCUUAGACACUUAGAUGCGUGCAAUAUAUUGAAAAACGAUUUGGAAAUCAGUAUUUCUACAUAUGAAAAUAUGUAUUGGGAGAUAAAGGAUGAAUUAAUUGAGGGGGAGUUGACAAAGUUCAGAUUGGAGGGAGAUUAGAAUGGGACGUACUUUAAAUUGUAAUAGCCGAACGAUAUUUAUGAUUAGAAACCUUUUCCUUAUUUUGUAGAGAUUUAAGAAAUAAUUAAGGCGAGAUCAUAUAGAAAAGGAGAGUUUUGGAUGAAUGAGUAUAGUUUACUGGGAUAAGACUCCUAGGGAUUUCAUAUAUACAUAAUAUAGGAUGAGAAGUUUGGACAAUUGUCACUUCACCAUCCUUGUUCGGAUUUUGAUUAUUUGGAUGAAAAUAAUUUUGUGGUUGCCUGUCAUGAUAAUCAAAAUUUGAUAAUAGAGAUCAUAAAUAAAAAUGGUACGACUCUCCAUGCUUAUUCCAAAUUUAUUUAAUAGAAGAGUAGAAUUAAUUUGGCAAUUUAUAAAACUACAAUUCCAUAUCUGUUGAUAUACAUUCCAGCAUAUGAAGAAGAAGUUGUAAGCAUACAAUCAACCAUCAAAGUAUUCAUUAUUGAUUCAUUCUAAAUAUAAGAAACUCCCUACUACCUAGAUAAACAAAAACUAUCAGAGCUAUUUCAGAAUGAGCUGAAAUAUUUUUCUGUUAUUGAUGUUAAAAUUUAUGCAAAAAAACUAUUUGUUUUGGAUUAUAGACUGGGGCCAAUUUCAUUAGUAUUGGAUGGUAAAGGUAAUUUCACAAAUGCUAAAUUGAUGACUUCAUCGUCCUACAUAACAGAGUUUUACAGUUUUUCAAUCAGAAAUAACAAUGAGAUUAUCGUAUUAGGAUUUGUACAGAAAAACCAAAUGAGCAUGAGAGUUCUGAAAAAUGGUCGAUAUGAUGAUGUUGUGAGAACAUUUGAAAAAGAAGACUUUACUUUAGGUCUCUGUGGAGUUCAAAUAACUCCUUAAUAUUACUUGAUCAACUCUAAUAAAGAACUCAUGAUUUUUGAUGACAAGGAAUUAGUAGAUAAAAUUUAAAUUUAUAAAGGAGUUUUCAUUGCCAAUCCAAGCUUUGACCUUUAUGUAUUUUUUCAUUCAAAUAAAGCAGAGUUUUAUGAGAUCAGUUCAGGCAUAUUGACAGUUCUAAAAUAAAUAUAAAAAUCAGAUAAUUAGAAAUAUUUCAAACUAUUUGAAAGCAAAAAUGCUAAUUGUUAUGUAGAUAUAGUGUUAUAGGUCUAUGACAAAUUGGAUGCAAAAAUACAUACAAACUUUUAAACCAACUUUUAUAAAAGUAGAAUUGUGUAUUAUCCUCCAUAUCCAUAAAAAUAUUACACAUGGCCUAGGAUUACCAAUGGACCAAAUCUUUAACAAUAGAUAACUUUACUAAAAGAUUAAAAGCACAAGAUAGAUAUUAAAUUUCUAUCAUUGUCCCCUUUAACAAUAACAGGGAUAAGCUAAUUUGAUUAGAACAAUGUGAUAUUCAGUCUUAUCAAUAACAAUUAAGGUCUCAAUCAAUAUUUAGUGUAAACUGAGAACCUGAGUGCUUUCAUCUAUGUCUGCGAAUUGAAUGAAUUGGAACAGAAGUGCUCAUAAAAGAGCACAUUCUUCCCACUAAUUAAAUUGGUCGAAGAUAACAUUAAAUGGACAGAAGUAGGGAUGCACGACUCCUAUAUAGGCAUUAAGACUUAGAAUAACCAUGUGGUCACAAUAUAUAAACUUGGAGAUUCGAAAAUUGUUCAGAUAUUUCAAAUCAAGACUUCAUUGCAAGACGAGAGAACCCAAAUCACUGAUUUUGCAAUAAAUGCAAAUUUUGUAUUUGUGCUCAUCACUGGGAUGGACGAGAUACAGAUCUAUUCUCUAUCUUUGAAACAAUAGAUUGACACUAUAUCAAAUCUAAGUAAUGCUUAGAAGGUCUAUGUCAGUAAUACCUUCAAUAAGAAUCUAUUAUUCAUCAAGUGUAAUAACAUAAUCAUAAUUGGACAUUACGUAAAUGAAUUCAACUUCAUCUCUCAAAUCCAAGUGACAGAUCAACAGAAUGUUCAACUUCUAUUGUCCAUCUUCAGAUCCACACUUGUGAUUGUGUACAAGACAGUCACUGAAUAAGGUAUUUUGCAAUAUUUGAUUCACAAUUUGAAUUCAGUAACACUCUUACGGAGGUUGCCCUUGUACUACUAUUAAUUGCCUCAAAAACUCUAAUUGGCUUCCAAUCCGUUGAAGAAUUUGAUCAUGGUUACUGCAUAUUCAGUGUACACAUAGACGACUGUAAUAUUGGUUUACUAAAUAAAUGAAUAUUAGAGGAAUUCACUAUUGACAGUUAUUGACACAUUCGACUAUUUUGAGAGUGAAUUAAAUUAUUGCGUUGCUGGGAUGGACGAUACGGUCAUUUAGUUCAUUUAUAAGGGGAAUGUGUAUAGCUACUUGUAUUUUAAAUAGCCAAGAAUCUACUUCAAUUAAGUGACUGAUCCUAGUCACUUUUAAACGACUUUGAAGUUAUAGUAACAGGAAUGGAAUGAUUAUUAUAAUUUAAGGAGGGAAUACAAUAAGGAUAUUACAUUGGUGGAUAUGCAAUUGGAAAUGGAGUGGGUGAAGACUAAUAUUAAUUUGAGGUUCGAGGAAUGCGAGAAGGUCCAGUCUAUUCAAAUAGACAACAAUUGGAUUCAGGGAUAGAGAAUUUAGUAUAAAUUAUCGUGUAUUUUGUGUACAACUGACAAUGACGGAGGUUAAAUUUAUUUGUUGAAUCAAUUUUAAAAAUCCAAUAGGUAAAUACAAACCAAGUCAAUAUAGGAAAUAAUGAAGUUUGAUCAAAAUUAUGUGUUAAUUUUAUCUGAAUUGACAGGUACAAAAUAAUAUCUGCAAUUUGUUGAUAAUUCUGGAGAUAUUGCAAAUGAAAUUGAAUUGCAAAGUGAAUAACAAGGUUACGUAGCCAGCAAGUUGUUUUUAUUGACUAAGCAGAUUCUAGUUGUUUUGUAUGAAAAUAAAAUAGAAAGACAGACUGAAUUAUGGUAUUAUUAUUGUUGGGAAGAAUAAGAACGAUAGGAUUGUAAAGUCAUGGGGAAAAUGGAAUUCCAGUAAAGAAAGAUAAUAACAGAAAUGCGCUAUUUCAAUAAUGUGCAAAUUAUACUUACAGAAGGUUAGACAGAACAUCCUUCUAUUUAUUUUUACUCCUUGGAAUUGGAUGACAAACUGUUUGCUGUUCAAUAAUUUAAAUUGAUAAUCAAUAAGGACUAUUUUCAUGAAAACUUUAAUGUGACAUCAUUUGAUGUGAUGAAACUCACUGAAAAUGAAGGUUGUUUGAUUUUAGCUGAGUUCCGAAUUGGUAUCAUAGCAUUAAAAAUGACUUUGACCAAGGAGGAGGUGAGUGUUUAACAGUAUCAAUAUAUGUUAUUGCCAUUUAUUCAACAGAAGUUGGUGGAGCCGUAGGAGAAUAGAUUGAUUAAAGUGGAGAUCUUCAAAGAAGGGAAUAAUAAUUGUAACCUUAUUUUGGUGGAUGAAAUCAAUGAAAGUUAUUAAAUGAAUUUGAAUUAUGAGAAGGGGGUGUUUAGGAUAUAAAUUGUUUAAGUGUUUUAGAAACUGGGGAAUAUAGUCAAGUUGCGAUCGAUUGGUGUGUUGGAUCAUUAUCUAAUUUAAUUGUAUAGAUAUGAGAAUAAGAAUUACUAUUGUCUCUAUGAUAUUGAAGAGACUGAGGACUUAAGAAGUAAUGCAGGGAUAUGUAAGGCAGGUCUGAAGCAGGUCGGAUAUGAUGGGAGAUUUUCAUAUAAUUUUGUCGUUAGAAAGAAUCAAAUUGGGAAAUAUCAAUUGCUAAUAAGUACUUAUGAGGAUAGGAUCUUGCAAUUGUACACAAUUGAUUCAGCAGCGAGGAUAGUGGUGAGGAAUUCGGAGGAGCUUAGAAAUUAUACGGUAAACUUAAUAGCUGUGAAUCCAUAUAAAUAAGUGUAAAUGGCAAUUAAUAUAACUUUGUAAUCAUGUCCGAUAGCUGAUUAAGAUAUGACAUUAUUUUUUAUAUUGCUGAUAGUAGUUUUGGGAAUACUGUUGGUUGGGAUAAUCGUCUGUGUAGCAAUCCAUAUUUGUAUAAAUAAGCACCGCAAGAGGAGACGAUCGUAUAAGGCCAUUUAAUGA